UUUGAGGAUGGAUCAGGAUGCUGAUGACUUACCAUUGAUGGCUAAUACAAGUCAAAUACUUGUGAAGCAUUUUGCUCUGGACUUGGAUGUGAAUUUUGACAGCCAGACUCUAUCAGGUAGUGUUGUGUUAUUUCUUCACCCUGCUUUCGCUGGGGAAGUUACUACAAGCAAAGCUCAGCUGGCUGAAGCCAAUGAAGUCCAAAGAUGUGAAUCACCUAUGCCACAAUUGAAUAUAUGCCCAUCGCAUAGUAAUGUGAAAGACGCCACCUUGCGUGAUAUAGGUGAAAGAGAUACUUCUGAUAAGUGUGAUCACCAUGGUAACAGGAAGCAGACUACUGAGAUUACUAGUUCAGGGAACUGCUGUGACAGAAGGAAUCAUGGGAGUGCUGAUUUUGUUCUAGUGUUGGACUGUUGUGAUUUAGCUGUGUUAAAGGUCGAGGAGGUAGAUGUCACUGCUGUGCCAGUUACUACAAACUACAUGUGUUCUACCCAGACAAGUCAUGGAUCUAAGCAACAGUUGCCUGACACCCUUAAUAUGCCUCCUGAACUUGAAGCUUCACCUGCAAGCCGAUGGAAGGAUCAACUAUCUUAUUACAUGCAAUGCAGCCAGGCACCAGGAUGCGGGGAGCUCAUCUUUGUUACUGAUUCAUGGAGUUUGCAAAUCAGAAAAGCUGGAGUAAAGAUGCCAUGUGCUUUCCCUUCAGCUGUAAGGAUGUGGUAUAAAACAACAGCAAAUGGGAGAUCAGUGAAGUGGACUAAAGACCAAAGUGGAAGGCCCUGUGUUUACACAUUUGGAUCUCCUAUCAACAACAGGGCCCUUUUUCCAUGUCAAGAGCCACCAGUAGCAAUGUCAACAUGGCAUGCAACUGUCCGAGCUGACAGCACAUUUAUUGUGCUAAUGAGCGGUGAAAACUUUGCUGCUCCAGCCAACUGUGAGCAAGGGUUAAACAGUUGGUUCUACUAUGUAACCAUGCCGAUGCCAGCCUCUACCUUCACCAUUGCAGUUGGAGUGUGGACAGAAGUUAAAGAAAACUCCUCUGUAGAAACAUAUAAUUUAUCUCAUUAUACACCUUUGAAUGCCAAUGACGGUUCUAGAUCAUCAGGACAAGAUUGCAAUCACAUGGAAUACCCAUGUCGUUAUAGUAUUCCUGAAGCUCACACCCAGAUGUGCAUACCUCACCGUGUUUUUGCUCCAGAUGUCCUUCUUGAUAGGUGUAAAGAGUUGCUGCUUCCCUUACUACCUCAUUGCCUCAAAGCUGCUUAUUCCGUGAUGGGCGUUCAUCCAUUCUCAAGGCUUGAUGUUCUCAUAGUGCCACCUGAUUUCUCCAGUUUAGGAAUGGCAAGCCCACACAUUAUCUAUCUGUCUCAGAGUGUGCUGUCUGGAAGAAAGCAGCUUUGCAUGACACGUGUCAGCCAUGAAAUCGCACAUGCUUGGUUUGGGUUGGCCAUUGGCGCACGUGAUUGGACGGAAGAAUGGAUAAGUGAAGGCUUUGCUACACAUCUAGAAGAUGUAUUCUCAGCAGAAGUUCAAAAGCUAUCAGAAGAGGAAGCCAGGGAGCAACAUGAGUUAAAAGCUCUUCUUCGAUGGUGCCGCCUUAGUGAUGAACUUAAAAAUUCUCAACAGGAACUACAAAUACUUAGGCCUCAAGGUGAUAGCACAGGGGAAGUGAGUGACUCUGGAGCUUCUGUUGUGCGACACGGACUAAAUGCAGACAAGGCCUUUAUGCAAGUGCAUUAUUUAAAGGGUUAUUUUCUGCUUCGAUAUCUUGCAAAUAUUAUGGGUCAAGAAGCAUAUUUUUCUUUUCUGAAGAAAUUUGUAACUAAAUUUCAUAGGCAGCUGAUACUCUCCCAGGAUUUUCUACAUAUGCUGCUGAACCAUUUUCCUGAACAAAAUAAACAUGGGCUCUCUGUUGAACUUUUAUACAAAAUCUGGCUUGACACCCCUGGGAUGCCACAGCCCCUGCUGGAGGAGAGCCAGGCUUGGGACGAGAAGCGUCUGGUGCAGCAAGUCAGAGAAGAGGUCUCAAAGUGGACUCGAUUAAACAAGAGGAACAGGAGAAGCACAGGCAGAAAACGACAGCACGAGGAAGAAUUUCACAAUCAGAUCCUUCCAGAUCAGCUGGUUCUGCUUUUGGAUUUGCUGUUGCAGGAAAAUACUUUAUGCGCCAAAACACUGCAAUGCCUAAAGACGACCUACAGCCUGCAGGAACAUGAUGCAGAGGUUCGGCACAGAUGGUGUGAGCUGGUCAUAAAACAUAAGUAUACUGCAGCCUAUAAGGAUGUGGAAAUAUUCCUACUGCAGGACCAGGCCAUGGGUGUGUAUCUCUAUGGAGAAUUAAUGUUGAACGAGGAUGCCAGACAGCAAGAACUUGCACACAGAUGUUUUGCUGUUGUCAGAGAUCAAAUGGAUGUAUCCUGUGUAAAAGUGGUGCGAGAGAUGUUGUUUUAAUGGAUUGACUUCCAUAGUUCAGUGCUGUGAUGAAAUGACCAAGCUUUCAGUGUGGUCAUGUUAAUGCAAGUUAAACUGAAUAGGAUUAAGAGCUGUACUAUGGGCGGAUUACUCGUACUAGAACAAGGCCAUAUUUGGAGCCUGUCCUCCAGCACAUUCAUGUCAUCCCUCUGUACUAGAGUAGAAGUAGUGCAGGCUGUGUAGUAUGUUUCUAAUGGAUGGAGAAAGGAAAUAUUGCUAUACCUAGCCAGUAAGACUGUAUGUGAUGUCUU